CAAAAAAACCGUGUCAAAUCUCUCAGAAUCGAACCAAAUCCAGUUGAUUUCGAUAAGUGAAAUGCAACCUGCGGAAUAUUCACCGGAUGUGGUAAAAGCACUAGAUACACUAAUUGACGAUCCAACAUUGGAUUACCUAGACACGACUUGUGGUUGCAACACGAUUGAGUAUUUGCUCAAGGAACUCAACAAGCAUAACCUAAUCAAUUCACAGCAUGUGCAACAGUUUGCAUCUCAACGUGAUCCAGUCAUGGUGUCACUGUCGAAAAUGGACUUGAAUCAUCAGCCAUCGUCGAUAAUUCAGCACCUGAAGAAGGCUGAAGCGCCACUGAAUGGGAUACUCAAAGCGCUGGACAAUGAGUAUAAUAAGAUGCAAGAGCCGGGCAUGUUGGGCAUGUUGUGUGAGCUACUCUCGGGUAAUAAUUUUGAGCUGAUACUAUCCGUAGCGACAAUGGAAGGUCAACUAAAGACAUUCGUAUCGCGCAUGAUUCGAUGGAAUGAGAAAUCGAGGCAAGUGGGUGGUGAAGUGAAUAAUACCGCAGUGAAUCGAUCGGCACUGUUCGAUGUAACGUUUCUUACAGUCACUCCACAUGCUCGUCGUUUUGUCCAAUCCAAGCAUCGGUUCGGGCAUAUUUCUAUGCAAGAUAAAUAUGCUGAGCAUAGAUGCUGUGAACAAAGCAAAGUGGAUGAGUUUCUGACGAGCAUCAGCUCAAACGAUGGCUCAAUGGCAAAAAUACCGAAUCUGAAAUGGCAUGAAAUCUGCUUGAUCUUACCGGGUGUACUGUAUCAAUUGUUAGUCGCUUGGGAAAAUGAUACCAUUUCAGCGGCCGAUGUUAUCGUCCACUUGGAUAAUAUCAAAAGCAGACUUUGUACAUACUCAGUGUGUGCCGCUUCAUGGCUGUGUUCAUACAUGCAAAUCGUUCGUGAUGAUGAACUAUUGAAACCAUUGAACAUG